GGGCGCUGUUCGCUGUUUUCGCAAGCUGCGUCAUUCCAAAACAAAGUUGUCGACUAGCUCGCACUCACGCUUCCUGCCACCACCCAUCCAUUCAUUCUCCCCACCGAGGCGCGUUCGAUCUCAGCCUUGCGCGCACAUCAACUCGUACUUUUCUUUUCUUCCCACCCACAUUGACAACGCGACAGCAACGCGACACGACGCGACAAAUGGCACCCACGGCAGUCAUCGAGCGCCAAGCGCCAGAUGUCGUCCCCAAUGCGACGACACGCGCGCCCGUACGAUCGCGUCUCCCCACGGCGCUGCGCGUGCCCAUCCUCAUCAGCCUGAACAUGGGCAUCAACAUGCUGCUCUGGGAGUUUACCGCCAAUUUCCUCAAGCCCGAGCUGGGCACCGUCAGCAAAGUGCCCAACGAGGACGAUGUCACGUCUUUCUACUCGCCCGUCGCGCGCAUUGCCAUGCGCUUCCUGACGGUUUGGAUGACGUGGUACUUCAACUACGACUUCUACGAUGUCUCGGCCCUCACCGUCCUUACCUACGCGCCCUUUACUUACCUCCUUACCACCUUCUACGACAUCUCGGCCUUGACCGCCGCGGCCAACAUUUCCAUUGAGGUCCUCUCCUUCGCCGUACCCACGUACCUCCUCCGCCCACGCUCCAUCGUCCACAGGAGCAACGAGCCCCUGCGCAACCGCUUCCUCCUCAACAGCGUGCAAGUCCAAGUCUCUUCCUCGAUGCUCGCAGCAGGCGUCUACGUUACCAUUCUCUGGGCUGGCCUGAAGAGCGGUCUCCUGAACACUUUCCUCGUCCAGUACUUCGACAUCCCCACCCUGGAAGCCGCACAUCUCGAGACUCCCGUGUCCAUCCUCAUCAAGACUGUCGUUGUCGGCAUUGCCGCCAAGGCCUUCUUGCUCAACCCUUCAUUCGCAGCCCAGCGCUCCGGUACCCAGACACCGGCUGACGAGUUCGAUCCCGCAACCGCGACCCUGCCCAAGACGCUUGAACACAACUUCUUCAACUUCAGCAAGAGGACUAGGACACUGAUUCAGCAGACGCUUAUUCUGAACGCAUUCUUGUUCGCCGGUACUGUCCAACGGUGUAUGACGCUCAUUGGUACCGACGUUGUUGGUGCGGUAGGAUAUGCGGGUGUGUGGGUUGCGGCGAAUACAGUGGUCGCGUUGUGGUAUGGUUGGGUUGGAGAUACCAGUGCCGACUACGAGCCGUUGUAAAGGCUGCACAGACAGAUAGAGCCAAGGUGUGGCAUCGAGGUAGCCAUAGCGUGUGUUAGUGUGGGAAGCAUUAAUUGCGUGGCACGUUUGUCUUCAAUGUCACAGCAUGUAGGACGUGGGAAGGAGAAACUGAGAGGUUGUUUGGUUUCCUUUGGACAGAAGACAUGGGUGUGUCGAGUGGAGACGCAAUGUCCGGUAGCUUAUUUUGAUACCAAUUAUUUUACUUUUUUUUUCGUUCUCAUUGUCCUUGUUUCCCAUCCUCCUUUCUACUCCACAUAAAACACCUCUUCGGUCUGUCCCCACCAUCCCGGUCCCUUUGCG